AUGCCUCCGGCAGACGCCCACGACUCCGACGACGAAGCCCUCUUUGCUGCCCUUGAAAACGAAGACGAUGCCAGCUACAGAGACCAGCGCAUCCAGCAACUCAACGCCGAGUUCGCCUCGUCCAAGACCAACCGCACCGCCAACAACAGCAGCCACCCAGCCGGCGCAGGCGCCUCGCUGGUCCACAACAGCAGUUUCCCAACACUGGGCCAUGACCAGGCCGUGCUAGACUUCACGACAUCGACGACCCGGUGCGUUGUGCACUUUGCACACGCGGACUUUGCGCGGUGCGGGGUGAUGGAUGCCCGGCUGGAGGAGCUGGCGGGGCGGCAUCACGAGGUGCGCUUUGCGCGCGUGGAUGUGCGCAACACACCGUUUCUGGUUGAGAAACUGGGCAUUCGGGUGCUGCCGUGCGUGAUUGGGUUUAAGGAUGGAGUGGGCGUGGAGCGGGUGGUUGGAUUCGAAGGGCUCGGGGAGCGCGGCUUCGAUGGCACGGAGGGGUUCAGUGUUCAGACAUUGGAGAAGCGGUUGCUGUUCAAGGGCGUGCUGUUGCAGGCGAAGUUCUCCAGCGAGGACAAUGAAGAUGUGGAAGUUGAGGAGGGGAGUGAUAGCGACGAUGGAGCCAGUCGGAGGAGAGGAGGAUUACGGCAGGGGAAGACGAUUCGCAGUGGCACUUCGCGGAAUGAUGACGACGACGAUGAUUGGGAUUGA